AGCUGAUCCUGCUAAAGAGUACUUAUUUAAUAACCAAAAAGUUCCAAGAGUGCUUGUGCCUUCUCUAUUGCAUCUAAUUAAAUGAAGUUUAGGACACUUGAAUCUCUUGAAAACCAGUGAAAUGGAAGCCUUAGAAGUAGAUGAUAUCAGCCCAGCCUUGGAAGUGACAGAAGAUUUUUUCAGUUGUUUUGAUAAUAAGUUAGAAAAGGUGGUACAGCAAGCUGAGGUUUAUGGGAUUCAGGAAGUCCCUGAACUAGUUGGGCAUGAAGUAUUCAAUAAAAUAGCAGACAGUGGUGCCAUGAGGAGUGGUACUUCCUUGGGCAAAGGCAGCAGCAUCAUUUGGGAGAACUGUCAAAGUGGCCUCUUAGAAACCAAAGCACAAAAUUCGUUCCCUGCCAAAGAACAGUUUAUAGUCCAGCGAGGUAUGGCUCCCGAUAACCUCUCCUGGAUGGAACAAAGAGAAGCUUCAACCUUUAAUUUUUUCAACAUCUGUCAACGUCGGAGAGACAGGCCUCGGUCUGUGAAUGACUUACUGGAUGAAACCUCUUCUUUCAAGCCAGGCCAUGCUCGAUCCCGGUCAGAUACUACCCAUGUGGAGUGGGGAGUAGUCUUCAAAUCAACUCCUUUGCAGCAGGCGACUGUUCAAGGCACUCAGUCAACAAAGUCACCUUUCUUAUCACCAUCCCAACACAAGGGAAAAGAUGCUCAAGGAAAUACAGAACAUAGACAGACAUUCCCAAAUAUUCUGAAGAAGGGUUAUCUUGAAAUUAGGAAAGAUCAUGACAGUUACUGGCAAAGCUGUUAUGCUGAACUUUCACCUUAUAAUCUGUACUUUUACUCUCUUGACAACAGUGGCAAUCAAAACCUUUAUGCCACCUACCAGCUUUCAUGCUUCCAGAGUAUAUCAGUCCUGGGCAACCUUGAGAGCAGAAUGGUGGAUACAGUCCUAUCUGAUAAUACCCAGCUACAGCUAAAAGCAGAGACACCAUGGGAAGCCUUGGAUUGGGGGCAGAAACUUUGGGAGAUGGUGCAUGUUGCUGUGCCAACUUAUAUGGGGCAACGUGAUGAGCUAGAAAACUCUACAAUGCUAGGACAUGAUGGCUUUAUUCAUACUCACCGCUUACAGAAGUCCAAUGAGCUGCUCCAGUCAACUUCUUUCAUGGAUAGCUUGAAACAAUAUCAGAAUAUCCUAAAGUCUGGGACACUUUAUAGACUGACUGUCCAAAACAACUGGAAGGCUUUUACAUUUGUACUGAGUAAAGCGUAUCUUAUGGCUUUUCAGCCUGGUCGACUAGAUGAGGAUCCACUGUUGAGCUACAAUGUUGAUGUUUGUCUUGCUGUUCAAACCGACAACCUGGAUGGCUGUGACUCUUGUUUUCAAGUCAUCUUCCCACAAGAUGUCCUCCGCCUGCGGGCUGAGACUCGACCAAGGGCACAAGAAUGGAUGGAAGCCCUGAAAACAGCUGCCAAUGCAGCGAGGACUUUAGGACAAAACCUACAAGUCACUCUUAGAAAUAAAUCGAGAGAUCAAAUGGGUGGGCAUGAUCUCAGGAAGAACAAACGCCAGUCAGUGACUACCAGUUUCCUCAGUAUUCUUACAACAUUGUCUUUGGAGAGAGGACUCACUGCUCAGAGUUUUAAGUGUGCAGGCUGUCAGCGAUCCAUAGGCUUGUCCAAUGGAAAAGCCAAGGUGUGCAGUUAUAGUGGAUGGUAUUACUGCAGUAGCUGUCAUGUGGAUGACCAUUUUCUAAUCCCAGCACGGAUAGUUCACAACUGGGAUAUUGCAAAAUAUAAGGUGUCUAAGCAAGCCAAAGAAUUUCUGGAAUAUGUAUAUGAGGAGCCAUUGAUUGACAUCCAACAGGAAAAUCCCAUGUUGUACAGACACGUUGAACCCCUGGCAACUGUUGUUCGUCUAAGGCAACAACUGAAGUCUCUGCGAGCCUAUUUGUUCAGCUGCCGAGCUGCUGUGGCUGAGGAUCUCCGCAGAAGAAUUUUCCCGAGAGAAUACCUCCUUCAACAGAUCCAUCUCUACUCUCUUGCAGACCUACAGCAGGUGAUUGAAGGAAAGCUGGCCCCUUUCUUGGGGAAAGUCAUUAAAUUCGCCACCUCACAUGUGUACAGCUGCAGCUUAUGUAGUCAAAAGGGCUUCAUCUGCGAAAUCUGUAACAAUGGAGAGAUUCUCUACCCCUUCGAAGAUAUUUCAACAAGCAGGUGUGAAAGCUGUGGAGCAGUUUUCCACUCGGAGUGCAAAGUGAAGUCAGUCCCCUGUCCCAGAUGUGUCCGACGAGAGCUACAAAAGAAGCAGAAAUCCUUCUGGAGGAGACUAAAUAUGGAUGAGAGCCUGGAAGAGGCAUGCAGCAUGUUUGAGCUGUCUUACCAGAACACAUGA